GAUAUUGGGAGGACCACCAAAGACUGCUGGGAUAGCCCCGAUGCACCUGCUCUCUCUACUUGCAGCAAUGCAGAUAUCUUCCGCAGAAUAAAUGCCAUGCUGGAUAACUCUCUGGAUUUCAGUGGAGUCUGCACGACACCCAUCACAAAAGGAAGACGUGACCUCUUGCCAGACUUCCAGGACUCUGAAGGAGCAGUGGCAAGCAGGAUGCUUUUCCCCAGCUCUGCGCAAGAGUCUCCCCGUGGCCUCCCGGACACAAACGACCUGUGCCUUGGCCUGCAGUCUCUCAAUCUGACUGGGUGGGACAGACCAUGGAGCACCCAGGACUCCGAUACUGCAGCACAGACCAGCACGCAGUCUGUUCUCAGCAUGCUCAGUAGCCCUCUGGGGAACGUUUUGGGAAAGCCCCCUCUGGGCUUCCUGCCUCUGGACCCAAUUGGCUCGGACUUGGGAGAGAAGUUUCCCACGCAGACUCUGAGGAGCUCCCGCCUGGACAGUCGCGCGCUCCUGGAUUCCCGCUCCAGCAGCCCUUCGGACUCCGAUACCAGUGGAUUCAGCUCUGGAUCUGAUCAUCUCUCAGACUUAAUCUCAAGCCUUCGGAUUUCCCCACCUCUGCCCUUCCUGCCCCUCAGCGGUGUGUCAAGGGACCCUUUAAAGAUGGGUGUGGGGUCACGACUGGAUCAAGAUCAAGCUGCAUUGGCUGCAGUAACUUCCUCCCCAGCCAGUGCGUCUAAAAGGUGGCCUGGGGCAUCUGUGUGGCCGUCCUGGGACCUGCUGGACUCACCAGAGGACCCUUUCAGCAUUGAAAGAGAGGCCAGGCUUCAUAGGCAAGCAGCAGCUGUGAACGAGGCAACCUGCACCUGGAGCGGGCAGCUCCCUCCCCGAAACUACAAGAACCCAGUCUAUUCCUGCAAAGUCUUUCUGGGAGGUGUUCCAUGGGAUAUCACGGAAGCUGGACUGAUCAACACUUUCCGUGUGUUUGGCUCACUGAGUGUGGAGUGGCCUGGUAAGGAUGGCAAACACCCUCGCUGCCCUCCCAAAGGUAAUAUGCCUAAAGGGUACGUCUACCUGGUGUUUGAGUCAGAGAAGUCUGUGCGGGCCCUGCUGCAGGCUUGCUCCCAAGACCUGCUGAGCCCUGAUGGCCUGAGCGAGUACUACUUCAAGAUGUCCAGCCGCAGGAUGCGCUGUAAGGAGGUGCAGGUGAUCCCCUGGGUCCUGGCAGACAGCAACUUCGUGCGAAGCCCAUCUCAGCGGCUUGAUCCCAGUAAGACGGUCUUCGUGGGGGCCCUGCAUGGGAUGUUGAACGCAGAGGCCCUAGCAGCCAUCAUGAAUGACCUGUUUGGAGGGGUGGUCUAUGCUGGUAUUGACACGGACAAGCACAAGUAUCCUAUUGGAUCUGGCCGUGUUACCUUUAACAACCAGCGCAGUUACCUGAAGGCAGUCAGCGCUGCAUUCGUGGAGAUCAAAACCACCAAGUUCACUAAAAAGGUUCAGAUUGACCCAUAUCUAGAAGAUUCCAUGUGUCAAGUCUGCAGUGCCCAGCCAGGUCCCUUCUUCUGCAGAGACCAGGUCUGCUUCAAGUACUUCUGUCGCUCCUGCUGGCACUGGCAACAUUCCAUGGAGGUCCUGCGUCACCACCGCCCGCUGAUGCGCAACCAGAAGAACAGAGACUCCAGCUAG